AAUAGGACCCUGCUAGCAAAAACUGACUGACAGCUGACAGCAAAUGCUGUCUGUUGGUACGGGGGUCAUAGCGGACAAUGUGGACCCGGCAUGAGGAGAGCUUCUUAAAAAAAAAAACAAGUAAAAAUUAAAUAAACUGAUAAGCAAAAAAACAUUAAGUUAGUGAUAAAAGUGCUUUGCAAUUCAGUCGGAGUCUUUAAGUAAUCUCGCUGGCCUCUCGCGUGUUAACCACAACACACUCCGCCGCCGCAAAACCCAGGUCCGGCUUUUACCACAGCUGAGUGCGAUUUUUAAAGUUACGAUAACAUGGCUCGAGCUGGUUUCCGCAUUGCCCUACUACAGCUGAAAGUGGGCGCGAACAAAUCGCAGAACAUCGAAAAUGCCAUCAGUAAAAUCCGGUCAGCUGUUAGCGAUAAGGGGGCCCGCGUUGUGGCGCUACCGGAAUGCUUCAAUUCACCGUACGGUACACAACAUUUUCCCGAGUAUGCCGAGGAAAUCCCUACCGGUGAGACGAGCCGCAGUUUGGCGGCCAUAGCGAAGGAGCUGGGCAUCUAUCUGAUCGGUGGCACAAUACCGGAACGUUGCGCGGCCGAUAGCAAGCUGUACAAUACCUGCACCAUCUGGUCUCCGGAAGGGUCGCUGAUGGCGACGUAUCGGAAAAUUCAUCUCUUUGAUAUCAACAUUCCCGGUGGCAUCACGUUCCGCGAGUCGGACGUACUAACGGGAGGUGCCAACCUGGCGACCGUAGCCAUCGAUGGGGCGAAGGUUGGCAUCGGCAUCUGUUACGAUAUCCGGUUCGACGAGCUGGCACGGCUGUACCGGAACCAGGGUUGCGAUAUGUUGAUCUACCCGGGCGCAUUCAACAUGAAAACGGGACCACUACAUUGGGAACUGUUGGCCCGAGGCCGCGCAAACGAUACACAGUCGUACGUGGCGACUAUCUCCCCGGCCCGUGAUGCUUCGGCCGGAUACGUUGCAUGGGGCCACUCGAUGUUGGUGGAUCCGUGGGCGAAGAUCGUUGGUGAAGCGGCCGAAGGUGAGGAAACGGUUGUCGCCGACGUUAUCCUGAAGACGGUGGACGAAGUCCGGGCACAAAUCCCCAUCUUCAGUCAGCGGAGAACGGAUCUCUACAACACGAAUGCGGACGUGUAGUAAUCCAACGAAAUGUGUAAAACUGUUGAAUUUGUUAAUAGAUUGAAUACGCCAAUAAACUUUUGAUGCAUUUCUUAA